AUGCAUUGGGAAUACAGGACUCUCUACUCCAGAACCCCCCGCUCCUUUGUCUUCGCCGUCGUUGCCAAUGUCGGGCCCGGCGGCGCCAGCCGCUCCCUGGCCGUGGCCUACCGGCAGCACCACGAUGAAUACAACAUGAAGUCAUCAUGGCCACGAGUGCACCAUAUAGUGACUGAUACCCUUGCGCUGAUCGAAAUCCUUUCGGAUCCCGCGAACCGCGCGCCGCUGGAGGCGGAGAGGGCGCUCGCAGAGGACUGGUAUCGUCGGUCUCCGGGGGAGCCUCCGAUUCAUGAGCGGCCCAGCGUGCCCGACACCGCGCAGCCACCUUUCAAGCCCUGGUACAGGCGUCGGGAGCCAAUCCAACAACAGCCCCCGCUGCCGUGGCGUGAUGAUGCGCUCAGCCAGUUUCCCUUCACUGCGACGUGCGUUUUGCUGACGUUGUUGCGCGACGAUCGCGAUUGUGAUGCCACCCGCCCCGGCGACGUCCAGUUCCAGCCGCUAUCAACGGUGUUCCGCGCGGACUGCACUGAGUAUGGCCUAGUCGUCCUCGACAUCUCCGACCUCGACAGCGGUGUCAAGUACGGCAUGGUUGCGUUUCCCGUGGACUACAUGGCUGAGGUUCCGUCCCGCCAGAAGUUCUUCAGCUGGGAUCCCGUCGAAGACCCCCAGCCAGAAAAGGAGCCGGAUGUUGUACUUAUGAGCCCGCGGCCUCGAGUGCUGUUGUCGAUUGCUCAGUGGGUAGGGAAGUAUUACAACUGGUCGGGCCUGGAAGACCACCCUAGCAUCCUCCGACUGGACAAGAGGCCGCUGGUUGAUGCGGCAGCCUUGGAUUGUACGCCUUCAGAGAAGGCCAGAUCCACCCCCCGAUCCAUGGUAGGCUACACCAUAGUAGACGAACCGCCGCGAGAUGUGUCCAUGGACCACGCAAAAGAUGAUGGAUCGACCACAAGAGCCUCGAGCGUGACCAUAUCAGAUGAGCCGCCGCAAACUGUCCCAGUGGACAUGGACCGCACCAUUGAUGAUCUGCUGGUUCUCACCCAGGAGCCCGCCUGCCCUCCCCUCGAGAAACAAGCGCUCGCCCACCUUCAAAUGCUGGUCCCGUUCCGCGAGAAGCUGCGGCAGCGACUCGAAGAGGUGCCCGACAGGCUCGGCCCCUCCACGAUCUCCAGCCAUGUUCUGCGCGUGGCAUACACUGAACGCAGUCACCUCAACUGGGUGGCGUUUGGGAACCUGCCGCCUCGUGUGAUUGCGGCCGCCGUUGCAUCGGAUGAUCUUCGGGGUGCGUCUGCGCUCAGCCUCUGCGUCGAUGCGUUCCAGCUGGCGGGAGAUGAGGAAGAGGGAGAGUCAGACCUUGUUAACCUCGCAGCGGCCCUGGCGCAGUCCACGGCCCUUCAACAGCUGUGCUUCUUGCAGCAACCGGACCGGAACCACGACGAUGUCUCGGAUCGUUUCUGCUCGCAGCUGCUACGGCUGUGGGGGAGGACAUCAGGAGAAGACUGGGAGUGGCUCCGGCCGAAAACCAUCCAUUCGACUUCCGCAUUCUUAACCGGUUUACGCAGCCGCAAAUUUUUCACAUCGUCCUCGAUGAUGGGUUUGGGUUCCAGCUUCACCUCCUCGGGCGCCCAGGUCGUUCCCAUGAUCCAUCUGUUCACGUUUGAAGGUCCCCAGCGUGAAGAUGUCCCGGACGCAGCCGCAGACCACCACGUCCAACGUGCUCGUCCCGGGUACAGCGGCUACUACUCUAUAGACAAUACUGGGUUAACCGCCGAGAGCUUCGCCGUCCGAUUCCUGGUAUACCUCCGAUCUUUGGGUCCGGAUUCGGAUCCCGACAAGGCCAUCUUGCGAGUUGCAUAUCAUGGGGCUUUCUCGUCGCUCGCUUCCGUCGACGACGACGACGACGGCAACAACCCCCCGUCGCCGCCCCGGGGACCGCCGCUCCAGUCAUGGCCAGAUCGAUUGGGUGUGAGGCCCAUCCCCGCCGGAUUUUUCGACGACGAGCUCGCCCCCGACGACCCAUCUAGAGUCCGACUCAGGGAUAUCCAACCCGGGAGCUGGGUGGUUCUUGUGGAUCGACGAGACCGCAGUUGCCGAUUCAGCGACGACAACGCCUUCUUACAAUACUAUUUUAUUAGAAUCCGUCGACCCUCUGCCGAGAUUGCGCCCGAGCAGCAAUCUAGCUCGGUCGAGGUGGUCGGCGGGCUGACCGACUUCCUGCGCGAAACCGUGCCAGAGACUGAUAUUGCCACGUGGGAGAAACGGGUCGAGGAGGUAGAGAAGGAUUUGGUUUCAGCUUUAACUAGGCCGAGCCCAACCAGCACCCCGUCAUCGAUUGAUCUUGCGACGGCGGAGGAACGGGCGAACGAGUCGUUCAGGCGUUUGGCCUCAGCUUCAACUGGGAUGAGCGCACCCAGCACCCCGCCAGAUAUUGAUAUUUCCACUGGGGAGGAACCGGUCGUCCAGGUAGAGAGGAAACGCUGCAUGGAUGUCCGCGUCAUGGCUGAGAGCUGGGCACACACUUUUCUGGACCAGGUACUGUGA